UCCUCAUGGUUAGGAUCAAAAAUUUUAUACAGAAAAGAUCGGAUCUCGACAGAACAGAAAUGCGGAUCUGCCCGCGUCAUUCAAGGAAUGCGCAAUAAUGCUGGUGUCUCAUAGAACCUACUAGUUUGUUAGUACAAGAACCAGCAGAAAACGCGCAUGUAGAUCUACUUGACGAUAUAAGCCCACAAAAAUCUCAGUGUCAACAACAGAACGUGGAUUGUCUGUUCGAUUGUAAGGUCAUAAAGUUGUAGUAUCCACUACUUCUCCAAUUGUUGUAAGUAUUUAGUACUAAAAAUAGAAGAAAGCCUCUUUCGAAAAAUACAGAAAAAUGGCGAACCUGCACGCGCGCGGUAAGAGACGGGGGCUGUUGAAGGUGAAGCCGCACCGGGUGAAGACGAAGAGUCUGGCGAGGAAAAUCGUGAAGAAGUGCCGCAUAUGAAAUGCAAAAAUGUCUGGGUCUGGAAACUUGUGAUGCAAGCCCGUGAACAGUAACUGUUCUGUAAUGAACCACCAAGCAUGACAAGUCUCUUCGUGCUCUUGUCCUGCGUAUUUCGCAUGAGAAACUGCGCUUUUCCUUUUGCAUGACAGGCAAGACGGCCUCUUGGUGGCCACGCAAUACAGAGUGCAGAAUUAUGCCAGACUAGCAUGACAAAUCUCGCAAUCUUCCAGACCCAGACAUUUUUGCAAUCCAUACCGCAACGGGCGCGCCUUGGCGCUGAACAGCAAGAAGAACAAGGAGUUGGUGACCGCGUUUAUUUAUCCUGUGCAAAAGCAUCGUACUCGUAGUAAUUUCAGUCAUGCAUUACAAAUUUUUUUCCGAAGGUAAAUCCGCGUGACAAAUUUUAUUUCUCAUGCUGAGGGAAUUUGUAAUGCAUUUAUACGAAUACGAUACUUUUGCAAUGCAUAUUAUUCGCACGAAGGAGAAUUCCCAGCAGGUCAUCAACGCGGAAAGGAAAGCGAAAAAGCAACCCAAGCGGGAAGCCUACCGGGCCCAGAAAAAAGCGCGAAGGAAAGCGGAGGGGGAGGCAAAGGCUGCGGCUGGUAUGACAGAGUUUUAAGUUUUGCUACUUUAUUGUUCCUAAGCAAAGAGCGGUACUGCAUCGCAGCAAGAGCGGAUCUUUAUCUUUUUCGUUACUGUAGAGAAAUGAUAAUGAAGGAGAGAAUAUAAAGUACAACUACAAUGUCCAAUCGACAAAAAUUGACUUCUCAAACAGCCGCACCUGCGUCAGCUGCUGCAAAUCUGACAUCGGCGCCUGCUCCAACGACAAACGUAUCAGCAGAAACGCAGCAAGCAGACGUUGCGAUGACGAAGAAAAAAGUGCGAUCAAAGCCGAAGAAGGGAGGCAACAAGAGCGGGGAACAAGAACCAGCAAAAAUGGAGGUCGACGAGUGAAAUAUCUUCUUCUUUGACACGGACUGAUUUCUCGUCGAGGUACUAACACAAGCCACACCUGCAACUAUUAGAUAUUAACGUCGCGAUGUUGAAUGAUGGAAAUUUCGUCCAUUGUAAUAUCCAGAUUUCUCACAACCAAAACUACGACCGGACGAGAGCGCUCACAUCGAU